CGAAUUUGCGCAGAAUCAUGUCGCGUUUGCAUCCGAGGCGCAUUUGCCCGGGAACGAUUCUGUCUGUCAUCUGCGAUAUCAGUCGAAUCGACAUUCCGCGAGGAACGAGACGAUUGACACGGAACGCAACGUGUGAACGGGUGGCGCUCUUUUGCGCUUCGAAAACAUUCUAGAAGGUGCAGCUGUCACGCACACGUGCGCCCUAGAUUUUGCGUCUUUCGCGGAGUGGCAUCGACGACGUUCAAGGGAGUGACCUUGAACUUUGACAGCUUUACCAUUUUCGAUUGGGUGUCGUCGAAUUCAUUGAAAAAUUGUGUAAUACGGCGUGCUUCGAAUUUUCCUCACAUUCAGUACGACAAGUGUCGCGGUCGUAUCGAAACUUGUACCUCGGGUUACAAUGAUAAUACAACGUUGAUUGAUGUUUGGUAAAUAGUUUCGGCUAUACUAUUCAUAAAAAAGGAUAAUAUUCAUUGAUAUAUCGGGUAUGAGUUUUGUCUUCGCGAAAUUGCAAACACAUUGGCAAUCUUUGCAAACGUCUAAACAUAUAUCGCAAGAAGAAAAGUUCGAUAAGUUUCCAGAUAUAGAGCGAUAUUACUACUAUUGUCAAGAUACAAAUGAAAGAGAUAAAAAUAGCCCAGACCUACAGUAUGGUGUGAGUUGUCACGACUCUUCUAUUGUUUCCAGCAAUGGACUACACAUAUUUGACGUUGCGCCACAAUGGGCGCUACCGAACAAUUUUAUGCAGUGGAUCGAUCUACAAGCAUUGGUAGCACAUAAUACAGUGCAGGAUAUAAUUGAUUUAUAUCAUAAAACGAAAGAUAUCACGGAAUCCAUUAAACUAAACUCGAUAUAUUCCUCAAAGUUACUCCUAACAGCACGACAAAAUGACAGGAUAGUGAAUUCUAAUGUACCAACGAGUACAAUUAAUGAAUCACUAUCCGAAAAACCAGGAAACCUGCAGAAGGAACGAAAGAAUAGGCUGGAUAAUUGCCAGAAGGAUUUCGGUGAGGGGACAGACUCUGAUUUGCUAAAUAUCAAUAAAACGACGGAACUUACGUUAGUGAAAGAUAAAACCAAAAUUUUGUCUGAAUCACAGAAGAAAAUUUGUUACGACGCGAAUAUUAGCUUGUUUAAUUGUGUAUCAAAGCAUUCAAUCAACACACAAAGUACUACUAGAUUGAAAGUCACGUCGGACAAUAUUGAACACGAAAGAGAAGCUUGUGACCCCAAUCGCACCACUUCUGUAGCAGAUAAUGAGCCACUUAAUUUAAUAAUAAAUUCGAAAGAAAGUACGCAACGCAGCCAUACUUGCAGUGAGACAAAAGAUCGAUUCUGCAAUUAUUUGCAUUCUUCAGGUGUCGCUAAGGAGACGCUUCCGAUAGUUGGUGCCAUUGUAAAACAAUUAGAUCAUUCUUUUAAUGUACAGAGUUUUUAUAAUGCGAAGUACAAGGCAGUAGAUUAUGGUUUAUUGAAAUUUUCUGAUUUAAAUGAGUUGUCAUGUAAUUCAGAUAAAAGCAAAGAAUUAUUGAAGACCAUCAGUAAAUUGCAUGCUAGUGGUGACGAAGUAAAUGGAAAAGUUACAACAAACGGCGAUUUGAAGCAAGAGACCGCACAUGUUUUGGACAAAUACGUUACGCAUGUAUUACCAUCACGCUUGAGCGAUAGUAAAUCUAAAGCAUCGUCGUGGACACAUUUACAGUCGAAUGUCAAAUGUAAUAACAUUAAGAAAGAAUGCUGCAGUGAGGAAGAGGCACGCAAGUCAGAAAGUACCGAUCUAGUGACCGCCUGCAACCCGAGAUUAAGCAAUUGGGCGUGUUUCGAAAUGUCAGGACAGUAUCCAGGUCAUAGCCGACCACCGGUUGGCACACCUCCACCACAAACUGUCUGGAACCAUCUCACUAUGGCGCAGGGUCAAGCUCUCAAUAUCCACCCGACGUUGUCUGGUCCCACGUUGAGUCCAGCUGGGUUCUACACACAUCCAUCCAUGGCGCGAGCGUCGCAUCUAUCAUCUCAACUCACUCCGCAGCUUGCUCACACGCAAGCACCGCCUACGUGGCACACACCUACGGUUCCCUCGAAGAGUGUCACACCAUCGAACACGCCGGGCAAUCCCUUAUUCAAUUUACAAAUGCUGGUAGACAAUCGGUCAAAUCAAAAUCAGUAUAGAAAUUCACCUGGCUCCCAGAGCACUCUAGAUCUCUCGUCUACGUCGGAGAUUAUGGCGGAAAAUUACUCUCGGAUAACUCAGGAUAUUCCUAUCAGUUUGACUGCGAGAAAUAUGGAUAAGGGCAGUCGAAAUGGAAACAUAAUCUCACCACCUCUUAACGGGGAGACUUCGUCAGACAGCGGAAUCAGCUCGUCUGUACCGACACCGAACUCUGUCAGCGAACCAGUUUCGCUAUCGACAAAGGAGCUUACCACUCCUAAGAUAACGGUGAAAAACUUUGAGAGCAAUCUAAAGGGAGUCGCGAAUCUUCACGAUAAGAUUAAGGAAAUGAAUGUAGAUAAUUUUACGCAGAAAGUGAUAAAUUUACCACCUAGUGUAACGAUAGAAAGAGUGGUCACGGACAAAAAGGAGUCCGAAGCUUCUGCAAAAGUCAAGGAUACGUUGAGUGUUAUCGCGCAAGUGCCAAGGAACGUCACCUUACCUGUUAUAGUCAAUCUCACGUCCAAGAUGGAGAAAGAUGUCACGGAUAGUCCUAAGCGGGAAUCCUCUUCUGAAAGGGACAAGAAGCACGAGGAGACGAGUGUGAGAUCACCUAAGAACUUGCCGAAAAGAGGCAAAAAGGGCGUUGAUUCUUUGUUGGAGAAAUUAGAAGGGGGAAAUAAGAAGCUUGGGAGUACCGAAAAUAUUGGUUCGGUGAUCGUAAUGCCGGUAGAGGAAAAAGACACGUCCAGUGUUAAAAGUAUGUCGCCGGAGAGACAGAAGUCUAAAUCACCGACUCGGGAGGAUGAGGUCGUGUCUCCGGCUUUUAGCAAUGAUGACUCGAAUGACAAUACCAAACAACGUAGGAAACGAAAACUAGAAAAGCCCGUAAGAUUAAGCAAGGACUCGAAAACGGAGGUCGAGGACAUGGAACUCGAGCCUACAGAACCCACGGAACCGAGGACUAUUGACCCAUUGUUGGAAGAGACGACUAGUUCCAUCUUAGUGGGCGAUGUUAGGGCAGAGGAACAAAUCGCUAGAGGUACGGAGGACAGAAUAUCGGACAAAGUAACGAUGGAUGAGGUCACGGAAGAAAGAUCGGAGGAAUGUCGACCGAUUCGAAGGCGGAGUAAUAGCGAGGAUACUACAGCUAGUAACUCGAUAUCGACAAAUCAAAGGACACGAAGAAAAUCUAACGAAGACACGUCGUCCGAGUUUCCGAAGGUAAUGAGUCCAAAAGACACAAGUAACUCGACGACGACGACGACAACGAUAACGACGACGACGACGACAACAACGACGAACCCUUUCGUUGAGGUAGAGUCGGAAUUGGCGAAAAUGUUCGCCGGAAUCGUAGAAGCGGAUCCAGAGGUCAAAAAUGAAGAAUCAAAAGUGGAACUCGCAAACGCGCAAAUCCAAGGUGACAGUGCCGCUGUGAAGUUUGAAGGUCUCGAGAAUAGUAUUCUACCAAUGACAGAGUCUCAGAACAUUCAGAGCAAUCCUAUCGAUGUUUCUUCCACGGUCGACACGAAAUUGUCGGGAAAAAAAGGUAAAAGAGGUAAGAUGCAGGGUGGUAAAAGAAAAAUCUCUAGGUCGACGGAGAACAUUUUUGGUACGACGGAUGAUACUCCACCGAAGGAGGUGAAGAAGAGACGGACGUCUAAAGGUUCGAAGAAACAAGAUCAAGCUUCAAAGAAGGCAAAGAAAAACACCAAGAUUGACGGCCUGAGAGAGAUGGCGUACGAUUCUGGUUCGAACGCAAGUUCAAUCAGAUCGCGAGGGCCAGUGGUUCACGUGGAGGGGCCAAGGGAUAGUCCAUUGAGUAUUCAAGUAGUUAAUGCGCCACGGGAAGAGGAGGAGGAAAAGAGCAAGGAAAAACGGAAAAGCGUUGGCAACGGGAACGGAGGCCGAAGCAAGAGGCUUAGUCAUCAAAACGAUUUAGAUUACAGGGGUAAAGUCAGUAGAGCAGGUCUUUUCAGUUCAACGUUGUCUUCGCGAUACGACGCGCACACGACGGAUUCAACUUGGGUCUGCGUAUUUUGUAAGCAGGGUCCACAUUCUGUUAUACCUGGAGAUCCAUCCAGGCCGCAUCCGAAUUUGGCUGGACCGCAUAUCGCGACUGGAACGUAUACGGUCCCAGCCGGUGUGUUAAGCGACUUAUUUGGACCAUACUUAAUCGGCAAAGAACGUUUGGAGGAUGGCAUUUUAUCAGCUGACGAACAAGAAAUUACGACAGAACAGAAGAAAGGUGGUAGGAAUAAGAGAAGUUUGAGGUACGCGGGUCUGGCUGAUCAGUUCUCUGCGAAGAUGGGCAAGAAGAAGCGAAAUAUCGUUGAAAGUAAUACAAACGCCAUUUUUACGGGUAUGACUUUGCAUCCUGGCGGAGAAGAACAACGGUGGGAAGUGUGGCUUCACGAACAAUGCGCGGUAUGGGCAGCCGGAGUGUACAUGGCAGGUGGCAGAGUAACAGGAUUGCAGGAAGCUGUGUGGGACGCCGCUAAAUCAGUAUGCGACUCUUGCGGCUUGACAGGUGCGAAUAUUGGUUGCGUCAGACGUGGUUGUAAGGCCGUCUCGCAUUAUCCGUGCGCACUAACGAAAGGCUGGUACCUCGACACAAAUCAGUACAUACCUAAGUGUAAUCUUCAUCGAGUUACGUGAAACUCCGGUGAGUCUAUGAAUGUAGGCUAAUAUGGAAGUAGGUCGUAUUAACAUUAUAUCACACGGAGAUCCGGCUUUAAUUAGAUGCACCGAAUAAUGGGCAAUAAUGUAAGAGACUUAAGUAUAUAAAUCUGUUUAUGACUGAAGAUAGCCUUACUAGUUAGUAAGGUAUGUUCUAGUUAAUGAAAGAGCAAAACACUCUCAUGCGACAAAAUCAGUCAUAUAACGUAACAAAGUUACUUUGCAAAAUGUAAUUAACAGGCGUGGAAGAGUAAUCGGCAUAUCUAUAAAAUUUUAAAUACUAAAAUAUAAUAUUGUUGAUUUGAUAUUUUAUUUUUUCUGAUUUAAUAUAUAUAAAUUGACUAUCUUAUUUGACGAUGAAUUGGGAUUGUGCGGCCAUAAGAUGUUUUGAGAUUAUUCCUUAUUUGAUGCAUAUUUGGAGUAUGAAAAUAUAAAUGUGAGAACAAUUAUAUUAAUUUUCAGACAUCAAGUUUAGAUCGGACAUCAAUAUGCUCGAGAAAAAUAUUUUCCAAUGUACAAGGUGUUUAAACGGAAACCCGAUUAACUGUUUCUGAAUUAGGAAAAAAAAAUGAAAGUUGAAGAAAUAGAUUAUCUUUCUUCAUUAUUGAAUUGAAUUUGAUUUUCUUGGCCUGUGUGGCCUUGAACGGUGGCCUUUUCGACUUAAUAUAAAAACAAGGUAUAAAAAGCAAAAUUUUUUUAAAUUUCAAAUUUGUAGAGUAAAUGAAUCGCUAUUGAGGAACACAAAGAUAAUCAAAAAUAAAAAUGAUUGCUUUUUUACUUAUACUUAUGAAAAUCGAAAGAUAUUACAGAUUUUCUAAACAACAUCAUGUACGCAGGAAUACACAAAUAGGGCAUAUUGUAUUUAAUGUUGUCAAAUUCAAAAUUUGUAAAAUUUAUGGCAGCAAAAAUUGGACGUUUAUAAGUAUAAGACGAAUCAGUAUAUAAGAGAAAACAACAUAAGAGAAAAUUGAAUAUUCUUUUUUCUUUUUUGCGAAGAUUGAGCAUGAACAUAUAAGGCAAGUGUUCUCUGGAUGUAAAAAAAAGUAUUUGUAUAUAUAGCGAGAAUAAAAGGAUUAUUGUAUUAAAACAUCAUAAUUAUACUCUAAAGUUUUAGAAAACUUUGUACGUAUUAUUUUAAAGGAAAAAUAAUACAUACAUAUGUUUCAUGACAAAACAACUUUUGUAAUUAACAAAUUCUAUUUUCUUUUGUUUGUGUCAUGAACCGUUAGUUCAUAAUAUGUAUAUCUUAGCAUACAUCAAUCGUCCCAACGUGAAGUUCACUUUUUGUUACAUUUUGAUAUUAAUGUUUUUUUAUGUAGUUAUUUUAUCAUGCGAAUUUUUAUUUGAUUUUGCAUGUUAUAACAGGAUGACAGUUUCUUAAAGAGAAAUAUUUUUGUACUCGCAUCGAGCGAGAGAUGAUUAAACUGAGAACACUUGUAAGACUUUAGUAGACCACUAUAUCUAAUAUAAUGUAACAAAGAACACAUCUCAUUGCAUUCAGUGAUACGUUUUGUAUGACGUCAUAUAUUCACUGUCACUUUAUCAUCUUUAAUGCAUCUGUACGGUCGUGAAACCAGUGAUUCAGAUCCAAUGUCCCGCAUACGAUUUGUUAGUGACUAAAUUAAUGGCUACGCAUUAUUGCGAAAUUUGUAAUAAUUAUAUAUUAUUGAUUUAUACAUGUAUAUUUUAUAUUAAUUUCUUUUCAUGUAUUAAUAUGAAAAUUUAUUGUCGUCAUCUUUGCUGUCAUUGUUGUCAUCAUCGUUCUCAUCGUUCUCAUUAUAUUUUAUCACAGUAAGAGGCACGUUUUCGCUACC